GUUUACCAUGGUAUACACGGAGGGAUACGCUGAUACACUCGCAGAGGGUCAUGAUGCGUUCUAGGAGCGGACACUCACAUCACAUGCACCAUUACUCUCCCAUCAUGUGCUGAGCUCGGGGUUCUUCUAUAGUGGCUGCGCCGCUCUGUGUGUCAGAGAUAUAUAUGUGUGUAAGAGAGAUACCUCUGUGCACACUGCCGCAGGAGUCCGCUCUCUGGUGCUGGAGCUCCCCCAGUACUUAUGCUCCCAUUACUAUGUCUUCAUUCCUUUGAGUACCCCGAGAAGAAAUCUCUGACACUUGUAAAACGUGGCUGCUGCGCACACAGUUACACAGCAUAGUUGCAGAUGGGUAUGAGAUACCUUUAUAGAGAUAAGCAUUACAUUACAUUUUGUAAUGCUUCUCACAUGGAGAGCAGCUAACCUACAUAAAGCAUAGUAUAUGCUGUAUGAUACAACACAUUAUUAUGUAUUACUAAUAAUGCAGAUGUAUCUAAUAAAGCCACAGCCACUGUGCAUAUACAUCAUAACAGAUUUUGUGCUGAGUGACGCACACUAACUACUCCUUGACCUGACAUGAGCCUGUUCCAAGUCAGACAUGUUCCUGCUGCCCAUAUCUCACUCAGUCUAGACAGCAAUUGUAGAAUUGCUAUAUAGGAAGAAAUGUCGGGAGAGAGUGUGGUGACUUCUGUGGUACCUGCAGCUACAACCCGGACCACUUCUUUUAAAUGUGCCAGCACGAGUUCUAAGUAUGUGAAGCUUAAUGUUGGUGGUGCGCUGUACUACACAACUAUGCAGACUCUCACCAAGCAGGAUACCAUGCUCAAGGCAAUGUUUAGUGGGAGAAUGGAAGUGUUAACAGAUAGUGAGGGUUGGAUUUUGAUAGAUCGGUGUGGGAAGCAUUUUGGUACUAUAUUGAAUUACCUACGAGAUGGAGCUGUUCCACUUCCAGAGACUCGAAGAGAAAUUGAGGAGCUCUUGGCAGAAGCAAAGUAUUAUUUGGUGCAAGGAUUGGCUGAUGAAUGUCAAGCAUCUCUUCAGAAUAAAGAUGUAUACGAACCUUUCUGCAAAGUCCCAGUUAUCACCUCUUCAAAAGAGGAGCAGAAGCUGAUUGCCACGUCCAACAAGCCCGCAGUCAAGUUGCUUUACAACAGAAGUAAUAAUAAGUACUCCUACACCAGUAACUCAGAUGACAACAUGCUGAAGAACAUUGAGCUCUUUGACAAAUUGUCUCUGCGGUUUAAUGGAAGAGUUGUGUUUAUUAAAGAUGUGAUUGGUGAUGAGAUCUGCUGUUGGUCAUUCUAUGGCCAGGGUCGAAAAAUUGCAGAGGUGUGCUGCACAUCCAUUGUAUAUGCAACAGAAAAGAAGCAAACCAAGGUUGAGUUCCCAGAGGCAAGAAUUUAUGAAGAGACACUCAACAUUCUACUGUAUGAGGCACAGGAUGGACGAGGACCAGACAAUGCUUUACUGGAGGCCACGGGAGGAGCCGCUGGACGAUCCCACCACUUAGAAGAGGAUGAUGAGCGGGAUCGCAUUGAGAGAGUUAGACGGAUCCACAUCAAACGGCCAGAUGACAGGGCUCAUCACCAGUAGAACUUUUUUACAUUCAUUGUCAUUUCUCCGUCCACAAAGAGCUCUGUCUGCUCUCAUUCAGCUCAAGCCACACAGGAGAAGGCCUGACUUAACGGUUGAGGUUGUUAUGUAUUACGCACCUUUGUGUUCCAAGCCAGCCGCACCAGUUAUACUUUUAUUUAUUUAAAUCACUUUGAAGGGACAGUGACCUAAGUUGAGUGGGUUUUUUUUUUCUUUAUUCUUUCUGUGUAUGGAUUUUCCCAGCCAUAAGUUAUUGUAAACUAUAUAUUUGUACAAUUGCCAGCAAAUAAAGAGCUGACAUCGGAUAGGAUGUAAGUGGGAAAAUGAAGAUGAAUCUGUGUCUGAAUGAACUGCAUAUGUUGCCUUAAUGCGUUGCUUGAUAAUCUAUGAUACACGUUGUCUGUACGCCCAGAAACAUACUAAUCUUCAACUCAUUGCAAAGGAUUCCAGGAAAGUCCGAGGAGCUAAUUUAUUAACAGAUUUGCUUACAGCAACUCUUCCUUCAUUACUGGUCAGCUCUGUUAACCAAUGAUUAAUAUCAGAUGACUUACUGUACAUGUACUAACUGUUACAGCUGUAUACCUUUUGUGGCUCUAUAUGAUGCAAGCUGGGAAUUCUCCUAAUCACUCAAGUAAUGCACCUUCAAGUAUUCAUUCCUGUUUUUAUGUCAGAGUUGAUAUUCCAUUUGUUUUUAAGUAGCUUUAGUCUCUCUUGUGUACAAAAAUAAUUUAUAUUGCUGAUACCUCCCAAUAAAUAAAUAUGGAUAUUUUAA